UUUUCUCCUUUCCCCCUUUCCUCCUUCUCUCCCUUUCUCUCAUUUUUUGUCUCUCAUGGUCCCACAGACACACACUCACUGUCAGUCUCAUCUUUUUCUCUUUUAACUCCCUGGUUGUUGUGUGUCCUUGUUCCUCCGCGUGCUCUCUCUCUCUCUCUCUGUAUAUAACUGUUUAUACUCUGGCCUUCCUCCCUCCAUCUCCCAUUUCUUCCUGACUUUCUCCUCUCUCCCCUCUCGCUCUCGUGCUCUUUCUCAAGUGCACGCUCUCUCACUUCUUGCUCUCUCUUUGCCCUUUGUCUUUCUCAUCCCAGCCCUUGAGCUUGGUGGCCGCUGCCCUCACCCCCUGCCCCUCGCUCUGUGAGAAACCUCUGAGCAGUGCCCCGGGUCCAGGUGACCCAACUCGGGGCUGGCUGUGCUAUCCGGUGGAGAGGCCCUGGGGCAUUUCCUCCCAGGGGUGACUUGGCAGUGGCUAACUCUGUUUCCUCACUUCUGCAAUUUCCAGACAGCACAGAGGCUGGGUCUGCAAACGGAGACACUUAGAUCCCACAGCUGCAGCCACUGCUCCCGGUCCAGAAUGGUCUGUGAGCUGCUGGAGGGAGGAGACUGGGUCUGUUCUCCCAGGCCUCAGGGCUCUGCCUAGGGCCUGGAGCAGUGAGCCCUUGCCCAGUAAAUACAUGAAUGAGUGACCCAGUGGGCACGGGCAGGAUCCUAUGACCAGCUGCCUCUUCCAGCCCAAAUAGUGAUGGAGACAAACGAUUCCUCUCGUGUGGACUCUGAGUUCCGAUACACUCUCUUCCCGAUUGUUUAUAGCAUCAUCUUUGUGAUGGGGAUCAUUGCCAACAGCUAUGUGCUGUGGGUCUUUGCCUGCCUGUACCCUUCCAAGAAACUCAAUGAGAUAAAGAUCUUCAUGGUGAACCUCACCAUAGCUGACCUGCUCUUCUUGGUCACCCUGCCCCUGUGGAUCAUCUACUACCAUAACGAGGGUAACUGGAUUCUCCCGGAAUUCCUGUGCAACCUGGCUGGCUGCUUCUUCUUCAUCAACACCUACUGCUCAGUGGCCUUUUUGGCCGUCAUCACUUACAACCGCUACCAGGCGGUGACACAGCCCAUCAAGACUGCUCAGGCCACCACCCGCAUGCGUGGCAUCUCCCUGUCCCUCGUCAUCUGGGUGGCCAUUGUGGCAGCUGCAUCCUACUUCUUCGUCCUGGAUUCCACCAACACGGUGCCCAACAAGAGUGACACAGACAACAUCACACGCUGCUUUGAGCAUUAUGAGAAGGGCAGCGUGCCAGUCCUCAUCAUUCACAUCUUCCUCGUGUUCUGCUUCUUCCUUGUCUUCCUCCUUAUCCUCUUCUGCAACCUGGUCAUAAUCCGCACGCUGCUCACACAGCCGGUGCAGCCGCAGCGCAAAGCAGAAGUCAAGCGCCGGGCGCUGUGGAUGGUCUGCACGGUCUUGGCUGUGUUCAUCAUCUGCUUUGUGCCUCAUCACCUCGUGCAGCUGCCCUGGACGCUGGCCGAGCUGGGCUUCCAGGACAGCAACUUCCACCAGGCUAUUAACGAUGCGCAUCAAGUCACUCUCUGCCUCCUUAGCACCAACUGUGUCUUAGACCCCAUCAUCUACUGUUUUCUCACCAAGAAGUUCCGCAAGCACCUCACUGAGAAGUUCUACAGCAUUCGAAGCAGCAAAAAAUGCUCCCGGGUCACCACAGAGACGGGCACCGAAGUGGUCAUGCCACUCAACCAGAUCCCUGUCAUGUCCCUCAAAAAUUAGUCCCUGAUUGUUGGGGUCAGGCCCAGAGGCUUAUCCUCCAAGGACAUUACAGACUAACCUGGUGUAAGUAGGGUGGUCUGGGUACCUCCUCCCUGGGUGCUGGUGGCCCAUUAGGUAUGGAGUCUACCUCACCAAGGUGGGGAUGGUGGUGGAACCAGACUGCUGGGAAAUCCAAAACUUGAAUGAGCCUCCUCAGCCAUUUCUGAGCACAUGCCACAAUAACCAGGAGUGCCUGAGUCUGAUAGCUCUGGAAAGAGUGUUGAAGCCAGGGGCAGACCUUGGGGGCAGACUCUGAACCACCCAGUACAGCAGCCGGGAGGGGGGGGGCAGCAGCCACAAGCAAGUGUGGCCUGAAGUUUUGGGCAACCACUCCCUUUAUCACUAUAAGGGCAGAGAAAGGUGUUUGGAGAAUGGGACACUCCCCUGGCUGUGUGGCAGCAAACUUUUGAGCCCCGCCUCGGACCUCGGUCAACUCUGGGAGAGUGGGAGAGACACACUGCCACACUGUCUGUCUCAACAAUGAACCCUGGUGAAGUAUCUCCUUCUGGCAGCCACCUGCCUUGGGCAGGCAGAGCCCCCUCAAAGCCAAACUGAGGCUGUCCAGGGCACCCGGAUGUCAAAGUCUCCUAUGCAAAAGGGCACGUAGGCUGAAAAGUGCCUUUGUGCCUGUGAGGCCUCCAGAGAGGAAGGAGCCUGCCAGUUCUCCUCCCCUGCCCCGUCUUCUGGGCGGUCCCUCCUAACACAGCUUCCAGGAGGUGACAGGAGCAGUGACAGUCCCAAGGGCCUGCAGGCACUUUGCUUUCUGGGUGCAGAAAGGAGGUAUCAGCUUCUCUUGCGAUCUCUAGCUGCCUGCUUGGGAUUUCGGCAAAUGCAUGCAAAUGAGCCUGCUCUGGCACCCUGAGCACUGAGGUGUGCAGCUGGCAGUCACCGGCCCAGGCUGCGAGGAGACUUCCCUGGCUCCCAGAGCCCCGUGGAGUAGCUCAGAAAUCUUCCUCCCUUCCAGCCAGUGUCCCCAUAGAGUUGGGAUCCUUGUUUCCUGUCUACUAGGUGGAUUUUGAUAAAUGCCUCCCAAUGGGCUGGUAACCUGCUUGAAUGGUAGCUGUGGGCUUGACUCAGGCGAUGGUGCCUAGGUGGACCGUGCAGCAUGCUC